CAUGCUCAGCAAGACUCUCCCGAUAGAAACACCCACUCACCGUUGUAUUACGCAGUUUAUCAGACCCACGUAUUAUUAUUUGUGCUCCUUGAAGUAAAACCGUGUACAUUUUUUUAGCAGUUUAGUGACUCCAAAAUGAUUUGGACCAAUGUGUGAUAUGGAAGAAUUGCUCCAAGAUAUCUACAGAGAAGCAACUGGACCGAAGUUGAUUCCUCUCAAAAAAUCAUGUCAGGAUGCGUUAGAGUUGCUGUGUAUGCAAGAAAGCAGCCGGCGGGCGUCGUUCGAGCUCCGGCGCGCGUGCUUCCUGCCGCUGCAGAUCGCCCUCGAGAGCAAGCGCCCCCGCCUUGUCGCCUUCGCUCUCCAGGGAUUUCAUAAAAUACUCCGCGAUGAUCGCUUCCACCGAGGCAUCGAGCCCGAAGAUGAUUCGCUAUGGAUGCCAUCCCAACUGCUGUGCGCCACCACGUCGGUUAUGUACCAUUUGCCCGACACGCAAGUGCAGAUAUUCCGCAUGUACCUGUCAAUGGCGCUGUCUCCGCGCCGCACGCUCAACGGGCGGCUGUGCGUGUGGGCGUGCGGCCGGUGCGGCGAGGCGGCGGGUGCGGCGCCGCACGUGGCCGCCGCCGCACGAGCCGCCGCCGCACAGAUGUUGAGGGCCUACUGUGCGCAGUUGGAUGAAGAAUGUCAAGAAUUGUUAUCAGAAGGCUCACCCCUGGGCAGGAACCACAUCGUAGCCGUGGGAUGUUACAGCGAGGUCAUACCAGUCAUUCAAUAUUUGUGCAGCAGACUUUCUGAAACUCAAUUGAUCCCGAAACAAAAUCCGUUAGCGUUAUUCUUUUUGGACUGUUUGCUCACAUUGAUGUCAAGUCUUUCAGAGACAGUCAGUGGAAACUCACACUUCACUACGUUCCUAUGGCAGAAGUUUUGCCCAUCACUGAUAUCAUUUUUGGGAACACCAAGAGUCGAUAAAAAUAUUAAAUCCAGAGAACAUGACGGACAUCUAGUCGAUGAUUCAGGUAGAGGUUCUGGAGCGUUAGUUUGUGCCCCAAGUUUUAACAGCAAACAGGCCAAAGCUAUUUACAGCAUUGCGAAUCAACUCGUCCGUCUGGUUGGUUCUACAUCAAACUUAAGACCAGUAUUGGAAGCAUUAUACCACAGAAUGCUUCUAUACCCGCCGAUACAACAUCGCGUGGAACCCCUGAGAAGUGUUAGAGAACUCUUACACAAUCCAAAGAGGCUGUGCCAACUUGUGCUCAUGAAAAAGGCGGAUCAUUCAGAACGUCAUAGUGAUGAUAUGGCUAUUGUCAGACUAAUAAUGGACGGAAUUGAAGACUGUGGUCGCAGCGGUAACCCCGAAGUAGUAGCGGCCGCGGUCGAAUGCGUUUUUUCUCUGCUUGAUGCUCUGGAAAAGCUAUGUUCUGGAUCAGUAGAAUAUUUGCCACUUGAAAUUGCUACACUCAUACUCAAUCACUGGCCAAAAUUGCAAGACGCUGAUUAUAGUGGCCCUCUAACGUAUCAAACCCUCGCAAGACUACCAAGCCCAUAUAGAGAUGUGGUUGCUGUUUUGCAAAAUAACGAAUCUAAAGAUCACGAUUCAUCAGAUACUUCGGGUCCUGAAAACAUAAGUUCUGGCAGUGAGGCCGAAGCAGAUUCAGAUGCUGACAAUGUCUUCCUUCCAUCUAGAGCAAAUAAUCCUGCAUCGCCGAAAAAUGCACAAAAAGAUUCCUUUGAAAAUAAAACAAAAGCAGUGCCAAAGACUUUGAACCUCGGAAGAUGUACUGUAACAGAAUGUAACGUAGACUUGGAAAGACAUAACGCUAGACAAUUUGUUAAAACUCUGCAGAAUUCCUUGCUACCCAAGCUAUUGAAUUUAAGGACUUGCAUCGAAGUAGAUGAAGCGAUGCAAGAAUUUGCAUCGAAAUGCUGCCAACAUAACGCAUCGCAGCCACCAGCCACCGCUUGCAUCAUGAACGCUGACGGAGUAUACUUGGCCACAUAUGCUGCUUUGCUUCUCACUUUGAAGCAACGACGUACAAGAUAUUAUACAGAUACCAAUAAAAUUCCCGUGCCGCUGACUGAAGACGAGUUUGUAGAUGAAGUGCAAGUUAGCGGUGUUUUGGUAUAUUUGUCAGCAACUUGGCUGCGAGAGUUGUACCAACAAGUAUUGGCUACUGAUUUGUUGAAAGACGUUGCUACGGCUGAACAUCCACUCAUACAUUUAUUAUCUGAUUUGGGAGGAUUAGACCAAAACCCAGUAAUGUCCGAUUGGCAGAAACUGAAACAAGUGUCCAUGAUUUAUAACAGUAGCAACGACUCGCCACAAUAUCAAGCCAGCUUGCGUUGGGCAAGAAGGAUACUAACAUGCAUCUGGGAGUCGAUGGUGACAGUGUUCAGUGUGCCGCUAACUGGAUACAGAAAUAAGAAGCACAAAUUGCGUGGAAUCAUAACUACGAAGAUAAAUACGUUUGGAAAGAGGAAACGUAUUGCUUGGGAGGGACUGACUAUACAGUGCUUGGAAGGAUUGCACAAGGCUGCUCGGAUAAGCACGACGCUAAGUUUGCAGAAUCGCUGCAGUAGCAUAUUGGCUUUGUUGGCAAAUUCUGCAAUCUCCCAGCCUGCCAACGGAAAGAUUCUAUCCACGCACGCCUUGUCUUUGGACAUAUUAAUUUCAGGUGGUCUAGAACUGGGGUCCAAAGCACCGGAAUGCUGGGAGCACAUCUUCGCCGCUUGCCAAUAUGUCUCCAGCUUCGAGCAUUCGCUAUUUGGACAGCAAGGCAACAAUGCUACGCCUAUCGUCACUAUGCAGACCGGUAGGAACAAGACUGUCUCCAUACUCCAGGCUGAUGCAAAGUUGGUAUUAGAUGGAAGGGACGAUGAGACCUGUGUGGACGUUUUUAACUUCUUACAGCCUGUUCUUGAAAACAAUCCAAAUAACGAUAUGUCUGUGGCAAAGAUUGUGGAAACUUGUAGGCAAGAGGGAGGAAACGUGAUAUCUGGGUCGGGAGCAGCGCGCGUGUGCUGCGCGCUGUCGGCGGCUGCGGACGCGCUGUUCACGCGCCUGGCUGCCACCACCACGCUGCCUACGCUGCGGGCAGCGUUGCAGAGGCUGGUGGCGCAUAACCACAGAUUGUUGUUUUCCUCAUGGGAACAAGACGUAGCCAACAACAACGCGACGUGGUGGCGUCGCGGGAAGGGUGUGACAGGGGGUGCGGCAGGGGGAGGGGAAGCGGCGAGGGCGCUCUGCCGCGCGGGUGACGUGGCCUUGCGGUGUCUCCGCGCUGCCAGACCUUUAGCUCACCGUAUGGCUAUAUGGACUGUGGUUGGACCUCAUUUCAUGCAGGCAGCUUGUCAUAAGGACAUCCAAAUAUCCAGCUUGGCUAUCCAAUGUCUACAUGACUGCGCUACGGCAUUAUUAAAUCAACAAGUCGAACUACCUCACUUCCAUUUCAAUGAGGCGUUGCUGAAGCCUUUCGAGAACCUUCUUUGUUUAGAACUAUGUGAUGAUGACAUACAGGAACAAAUAAUAUCAUGCAUAUGUGAAUUUGUUGAAACAAAUAGAAUGGAGAUAAGAUCUGGAUGGAGGCCAUUGUUUAACACGCUCAGAGCAGCUAACAACUCAAAUCAAUAUUCAGCUAUACUUGAAAUUUUCAAAGUAUUUUUAAAUACAGAUAAUACUUUAGUAUUUGCAAAUGCGGCUCUCGAUUGCAUUCUAUGUCUAUUGAGCCAUAUUAAAGGUUUACAUUAUGAAGAUGAAGGUCUAACACCAGAUGUGAAACCCAAAAAAGUUACAACUCCUCCCCAACCAAAGCCAAGUCUAAGUCUUAAAUUUUCCAAAAAUAGUAAAUUUAUACCGCUUAGCGAAGAAAAGUCGGAGAAAGUUAUAGUUGAUAUGUGUAGAGAGGCAUUGUAUCAUUUAGAAAAUUGUGCUGAUAUUUUAACAAUGAUGUAUAAUAUGCCAAAGUGUCCGAUUUUCAAUACAGGGAAUAGAAUUAAAGGAGAUUUGCCGUUGUCGGUGGUUGAUCCUAUUAUACCAAACGACUCCCUUGAUGUGACCAAAUAUAUUGUAAACGAUAAUUGUGAAGAAGAACAAAUUUCUUACAGAAAAUUAUCAACGAGCUUGCCACUAUCGAGUACGACGAAUAAUUGCUUAUUGAAAUUUGAUAAGCCUAGCAAUAUUUUUAAAGUAUGGUACGUUCUUAUUGAAGGAUUAAUAUCAGCGACAGUUGUGUGUUCUAAGAAAAAUCAACCUGCUACUAUGGAGACUUUAUUUAAAUUACUAAAAAAUAUAGCCGAAGUUCCAGGCACACAUUUUGGAUUUCACUGCAUAAAUCAUUUGCUUUUGCCAACCGUACAAAACUGGCUGAGGCAGAUUAGUAAUGUAAAUACACAUUGGGACAGUGUUAUGCCAAAUUUUAAGCAAUGCUGUGGUAUGACCACAGACACUAUCGUCGUAUAUCUACAUCAACUGCAACAAAUUAAUCUAGAAAGAACAACAGCUAAUGACAAAGGUGAAGAACUAGAACCUUUUGAAAGUGUAGAGGCUACCUUUGCUUUGAAACAGAUUAUGUUAAUAUUAGUGGAAUGUAUUGCUCAACCGCAAGAACCAAUAGCUAGACUGGGAGCUUCAUGUAUAAGGCACAUAAUUUUAACUUCAGGCCACCUUUUAACAGAUAAUCAAUGGGAGAUUGUUUGUAUAAGUUUACACAGAGCAUGUAAUGCAAGUCUGAGCCCUUUGAAGCAACUAACUUAUGCAUUCAAUGAAAAUUCUAACAGUUUUUACGGAGAUCUAGCUAUUGUCAAAGUAGCAGCAAGAAGAGAUUGCUCUGUGAACGACAAUGUAAGAUUACAUGCUAUGGCACAACAAGUAUUUCUAACAGAACAAAUGAGAGUAGAUACCCAUUCAAAACAGAGCGGAAAAAACUGCAGCCAAAAUUUAAUAGAUGACCGAAGUUAUAUAUUCCUGAUCUAUUUACAGGAAUCUAUUAAUUCCCAUAACCCCGAUUUGUUUACCGUAAGAAUACCUAAUAGAGGGUUAGUAGUUGGUCUUUUAGCUCACCAAAUAUUGGUUCAAAUUAUCGCUACUGUUCUUAUUCAAGCCUCAUCGGACGUAUUUUAUGGUAUAAAUAGUAUAUUGCUAGACGGUUUUAAAAGUGGCACAAAUAUUUGUAAUUAUAAGUUUUUCCUGAAUAAGGCUAACAUAAAUCUUUUACUGUUGAGUUUAGAAUUAUCAUAUACCAGGGCGAUGCAAUUUGACGCAAGACCUGGGCUAAAGUUUCUCGUACAAAAAGUAUCAAACUUAGAUCAUGCCGCCAAUUUAUACAAACAAACAUCUUCUUCUUGGCUGAUUAAAACUAUAGCCUUAACUGAAAUAUUUUUCAGUGGCGUUAAAAAAUUUAAAAUGAGAUCAGCUGAUGUUUCCAUAAUAUUGAACAACUACAAGACAACGCUGAAUAUGACUUUGGAAUAUGAUCAAUUUAUAAUGAAAAUAUUUGAUUUGAAAGCAACUUGGGAGCUAUUGUGUUGUAACUAUGUUAAGCAUCUCGUAAGUGUUUCCGAUUUCGAUAAUUGUGAUAAUAGUAAGGAUCGGAUAUCAUGUAGUUCUGUAGAAACGGAUUCUUCGUCUAAUAAUUAUGAACAUUACUUUUCACAAGAAGCACCAGAGAAAGAUAAAGAUACUACAGAAAUUGAUACAAAACCUACCGAAAAUAUUUGCGAAUCUCCAGAGAUCGAAACAGAAAAACCAAAACCUUUUACAUUUGCAGACUUUAAAACAAACUCUAUAAAUGAAGAUAAUCCUACAGAAAAGUUGACACCUGAAGAAUUAAUAAACUCUAGCUCUUGUUUAGACGAGUCAGAAAAUAAAAUCGUACAGGACUGUAAUGACUAUGAACAAGUUAAGCACAGUGUCCGCAAAUCAGCUGAUUAUCCGCAAAGUGAUAAGAGUCCAGUUGAGCUAAAACAGCGUUCGGUAUCUGAAAAUAAUGAUAACACAAGAAAAGUUAACAUAACAAUAUGCGAUGGGCCUGCAUAUGAAAAAACUAAACAUGUGGAACCUUUAAUACCACCUCAGCCAGUUCCACCUGAAAUAGAACAACAGAGAACACUGAGUAUAAAUAAGGACAUGGAAGUCCAAAGAAAUUGCUUCCAGAACAUUUUAAUGGCGUAUCUGGAACUCGUUCUAACAUUUCCUUUAGAACGAUUCCACGUAAUAUAUCCUGUUCUACAGACUGGAUUCAUGCAACUAGCUAAAACGGUUACUGAACCACAGCUUCUCGAUAGAAUCAACAUAUUUUUCGAUAAAAAAGACUUAACUGAUUUUAGAUAUAAGUAAUCAAUUAAUAGUGAUAUUGGAACAAUCAUAUUAUUCUUAACAUUAUAUUCUUCUGUCUUCGUUGUGCGUAAAUAAAACUACUAUAUCAUGAAC